AACAUAGCAAUUUUAAUUAUGUUCUACACUGCUGUAUGAUAUUUCAUCCAUUUGUCAUAUAUUUGUUCCCUAAAGCAAGCGAAGCGAUGACCCGCCCAAGUUUCACACAAACGGGUGUUGAUCAAAAUGUUGGAACGGCUCACAACAAUCUCACGUUUCUGAACUGUCACUCUGAAACUUGUCAUUCAUAAAUAUUGCGCUACUCACUUGACAUUGUUUUAUGUUGGAAUGGACAGCCAGACUGCGGUAGCAGUGCAGUCAUUGUUGGAGUCCCAAACUUUACCAGAGCCUAUACAGACCACAGGAGAAGAAGAGGAUGUUUUUCAAUGUGGUAAAUGUAAAAGACAGUUUACUACACUGGGAGCCUUCAUCAAUCAUAAACAAUCUAGAUGUGUACUACAAAGACAACUUAGUGCAAGCCAGAAUGUUAUCAAUCACAACUCAUUACUGCAAGCAGUUAACAGAGCUCCACAACUCAUGCAGGCUCCAUUCUCACAAGCUGGUACCCUGCCUGCCUAUGCUACUGUAUCCCAAUCUCCACUCACACAGAACAUGGUGUUAACUGAUGAACUUAUGUCAUUUGCCAGUGUCGACCAGACCCUAGGAGCAUCUACAAUACAACUUCAACAAGGUGCAGCACUACAAGCAAGUGGGCCACUGUUGUCACAAGUUGGAUCCUUCAACACCCGGACCUCUAAUGUGACAAUAUUGAAUGCCCUCAAUACCACAUCCACACUACCUUCUACCUCCGCCUUUACAAGUACUGUAACAGCCAAUCAGGUUCCACUACAGAAUGUCAUGUUUACUGCGUUACCAGAGAAACCCAUUACACAAACUGUGACUAAACCAAGUCCAACAAAAGCUGGUAGGAAAUCAGCACAAGCUAGUAUGGUUAAUGCUGCCUCUAAUGAAGAUCCAGCUAUUUUAAGGAGAAAAAAACCUGGCGAAACUGAAGAGAAGAAAAAGUUACGAUGCCAGUACUGUGACAAAGCAUUUGCUAAAAACUUUGAUUUACAACAACACAUUAGAGCACACACAGGAGAGAAACCAUUUCAAUGUAUUGUGUGUGGACGUGCCUUUGCUCAGAAAUCUAAUGUUAAAAAACACAUGUCAACACAUAAGGUUUGGCCAACAGGUGCUGGUUCCACCUUACCUCAGCAGUCACCAACUCAGGUAUCACAGAUAGAGGUUCCAGUAGAAGAACCGCCUCCUCCACCUCCAACCUCGGAGGUAGAACCAGAAGAUCUUCAGGACAAUCACAUGAUUGAGCAUUUUGAAAAGGGAGACAAAAAGAACAUUUUGGUGAUAGAUAAUUCAUACAUAUGCCAAUACUGUAACGAGAAGUUCAAAUCUUACUUCCAGUUAAAGACACAUAUGAUUAAACAUAAAAGUGAACAGGUGUACAAAUGUGUACAGAAAGACUGCAGUCUCAGCUUUAAAGAUUUAGAUGCCUUUCUACAGCAUGUUAAAUCACAUGAGAAUGAACUACAAUACAGAUGUCACAUGUGUAAUAAAUUCUUCUCAUCACUUUAUGAACUUGGUGUACACCAAUACACACACAGCUUAUAUCCAAAUCAUCCAGUUAAACCGGGUCCAAGACAUUUCCAGUGUACCAAGUGCAUGAACAAAUAUUCUUCCCCCGAGGCAUUAGAACAUCACAUGGCUACUUCCUCACACUCUCAUCCCUGUCCUUAUUGUGAAAAAGUCUUCACUUGUGAGAGAUAUCUCAGACGGCAUUUACCAUCUCAUGGAUCUGAAGGUCAGUUCCAGUGUACUAUCUGUCAGAAGAGGUUUAAAGCAGAACAUUAUCUUAAAAUGCAUCAAAUGAUCCACAGUGGGGAGAAACCCUUCUCCUGUCAGCAGUGUGGAGCUUCAUUCAACAGGAAAGACAAACUUAAACGUCACAUGACCAUACAUGAUACUGCUAAAAGGUUUAAAUGUCCAUUCAAAAGUUAUACAGGUUGUGAUAAGGAAUUCAACAGACCUGACAAGUUAAAGGCCCACAUCAUCACACAUAGUGGGGUUAGACCUUUUGAAUGUAAGGAUUGUGGAAAAACAUUUAGUCGUAGACCACAUCUAAGGGAGCAUGAACGUGGACACGUUGCAGAUUACAAAUUUAAGUGUGAGUCAUGUGGUAAGGGAUUCUGGAGACCAAAGACAUUCAAAGAUCACAAAUGUCAGCCAUUAAAACCAGGUCAGACACGUGUAUAUGUUUAUAGACAUAGAAAUAGAAGGAAAGUUGGAAGGCCUAAGAAACGUAUGAUUACAGUAACAAAAGAUUCUUUAAAUAAGGCAUCGGAAAUAAAUACUAGAAAAAGAAGAAAUAGAACUGUAGUCAGUCAUGAUCAGAACACGGAAGAGGAAUCUCAAAGCACUGAAGCUGCUCAUGAACAGGAUCAAGCUGAAAUGCAUAAUACACCAAGUAGAGGUAGAAUUAUCAUUCAACCACAUGAAACAGAUUUCAGUUUAAAACCAGAACAAGAUUUUCAACAGCAGAUGAAUCCACCUGAUAGAUUAAUGGAAGGCGACGUGUCUUCUGUGGAUAAGCAGGACUUCUGUGUCAAGGUCAUACCACCAGAAAAUUUGCUGAAUCAGCAAUAUGUCACAGUUCACAUACAGAAUCCACAUGCGGGCCAAUCAGAAUUUCAGACACAUCUUUUACCAACAUCAACAGCACAAAUGUUAUCUUCAAAUGUAGCCUCAAUGCCAAUAACAAUUAUAGAAACCCAGAGAGGAACAAUGUUACCAGUACAUGUGGCAUCUGUUGAAGGAGCCACUGAUGGUGAUGCACUGCCACUGCAAGUAACAGCUAUGAGUGGCAUGGGGGUGCAUGGAGCCAUGGUUUCUGGUGUUGGGCCCUGUAUAUCGGUGGAAGAAUUGGUUCCAGUUCAAGUGACGCUACAAGAUGACAAUGAUGCUAUGGUGGAGAAUGGUAUAGUUGUUUCAUCAGCUGGUCAGCAUCACCAACAAUCAUACGUUAAUCAACUAGAAGAUUUUGUGGGCUCAGAAGGGGACCCUGUCCUUCAGGGGACAGAGAGUAUACUUAAAGCUCAUGCAGAAAUUCUUCAGUCUGCUCAUCAUUAAGAAAAGCAAAUGAAAAUAAGGUCAAACUUGAAUUAAUAAUUUUUUUUUAUUUAUAUGAAUAAAGAAUGAUGUAGGGUAAAAGUCAAAUUACAUUAAGGAACACAGCUGGGAUGUUUUAAUGAUAUAUUGAAUUUAUAUCAUCUGAUUGGCUAUGUUUUAAUUAGCUAUAAGAAAUAUAGAUAAUGGAAUAUUCUAAUUAAGAUAAGUUUAAUUGUGUAUCAAUACUACUAAGUUAUUUAUUUCUAAUAAAUUGAUAUAUUAAUUUAUUGUAUGGAGGAAAUAUCGCAUUUACCAUAUAUAUCUUAACCAAUUUUAAUAAUGAUUGAGUACAAAUUGUAUUUUUGUGCAAACUGGAUAUAAUGGUUUUGCAAAAGUCAUCAUAUAAGUGUAUGCAAAUUCAACCUUUAAAUUUGUCAAUUUGUGGUGCCCCUUUGGAAAAGAAAUUAACAAAAAUUUGGUAUCCCACAAAUAAAAAUGAAAACACAUUAAUGAAAUUUGUUUGGAUUUUCCAACUUUGGUCCAAUAUUUUGACAGCAUGUGUAUGAGUGCAUUUGUUAGUUUUAUAUUUUGUUAAAUAUUUACAUGAUUCUGUUGAUAUCAGAACUUUAAGAGUUAUUUUUUCAAAGAUUAAAAUAUUAACAAUAUAUGUUGAAAACAAACUGCUGACCUGACAAAUUUGAAUAUUUCUGUCUUUGAGAAUAGCCCUUAGAUGCCUGAAUAUUUUUGUCUUUGAGGAUAGCCUUAGAUACCCAUUCAGGAUUUUUCUAAUGAAAUUUUCAAUUCAAAUGUUUAAUAUACGCUUAUAUCAAUAAAAUGUUCUUGUAAGUCUUAUGAUAACACCAAACCAGCAUUGAAAAGCUUGAACUGUUUUUAUACGACCGCAAAUUUUGAAAAAAUUUUCGUCGUAUAUUGCUAUCACGUUGGCGGCGUCUUCGUCGUCGUCAUCGUCCGAAUACUUUUAGUUUUCGCACUCUAACUUUAGUAAAAGUGAAUAGAAAUCUAUGAAAUUUUAACACAAGGUUUAUGACCAUAAAAGGAAGGCUGGUAUUGAUUUUGGGAGUUUUGGUCCCAACAUUUUAGGAAUUAGGGGCCAAGAAGGGCCCAAAUAAGCAUUUUCUUGGUUUUCGCACUAUAACUUUAGUUUAAGUUAAUAGAAAUCUAUGAAAUUUUGACACAAGGUUUAUGACCACAAAAGAAAGGUUGGGAUUGCUUUUGGGAGUUUUGGUUUCAACAGUUUAGGAAUUAGGGGCCAAAAAAGGGCCCAAAUAAGCAUUAUUCUUGGUUUUCACACAAUAACUUUAGUAUAAGUAAAUAGAAAUCUAUGAAAUUUAAACACAAGGUUUAUGACUAUAAAAAGGAAGGUUGGUAUUGAUUUUGGGAGUUUUGGUCCCAACAGUUAAAAAGGGGCCCAAAGGGUCCAAAAAUUAAACUUUGUUUGAUUUCAUCAAAAUUGAAUAAUUGGGGUUCUUUAAUAUGCCGAAUCUAACUGUGUAUGUAGUUUCUUAAUUUUUGGUCCCGUUUUCAAAUUGGUCUACAUUAAGGUCCAAAGGGUCCAAAAUUAAACUUAGUUUGAUUUUAACAAAAAUUGAAACCUUGGGGUUCUUUGAUAUGCUGAAUCUAAAAAUGUACUUAGAUUUUUGAUUAUUGGCCCAGUUUUCAAGUUGGCCCAAAUCGAGGUCCAAAAUUAAACAUUGUUUGAUUUCAUCAAAAAUUGAAUAAUUGGGGUUCUUUGAUAUGCCAAAUCUAACUGUGUAUGUAGAUUCUUAAUUUUUGGUCCAGUUUUAAAAUUGGUCUAAAUUAAAGUGCAAAGGGUCCAAAAUUAAACUAAGUUUGAUUUUAACAAAAAUUAAAUUCUUGGGCCUCUUUGAUAUGCUGAAUCUAAACAUGUACUUAGAUUUUUGAUUAUGGGCCCAGUUUUCAAGUUGGUCCAAAUCAGGAUCUAAAAUUAUUAUAUUAAGUAUUGUGCAAUAGCAAGUCUUUUCAAUUGCACAGUAUUGUGCAAUGGCAAGAAAUAUCUAAUUUCACAAUAUUGUGAAAUAGCAAAAUUUUUUUUAAUUAAGAGUUAUCUUUCUUUGUCCAGUAUAGUAAGCAAGAAAUAUCUGCAAGAUUUUUUUUUAAUUGGAGUUAUCUUUCUUUGUCCAGAAUCAACUUAAAUCUUUGUUAUAUACAAUAUACAAUGUAUAUUCACUUUUUACUACCAACUGAUAAAUUUAAAUAAUCUUUACCAUUCAUUGAUAACAAGCAGUUUUUUUACAUCUUAAUAUUUUAUGAUGUAUUUAAAUGAGUAGUAAUUGUUGCAAACUCCAUUAGAAUAUUUUAAUUGAAAUUAGUUUUUGAAUAAGGGAAAGGGGGAUGUGAUUUAGAAAUUGGGUUCAAUUUUUCUCAUUUGAAAUUUCAUAAAUAAAAAGAAAAUUUCUUCAAACAUUUUUUUGAGAGGAUUAAUAUUCAACAGCAUAGUGAGUUGCUCUAAGAGAAAACAAAAAUUUUAAGUUCAUUUGAAUACAUUCAUUCUGUGUCAGAAACCUAUGCUGUGUCAACUAUUUAAUCACAAUCCAAAUUUAGAGCGGAAUCCAGCCUGAAUGUUGUGUCCAUACUUGCCCCAACCGUUCAGGGUUCAACCUCUGCGGUCGUAUAAAGCUACGCCCUGCGGAGCAUCUGGUUUUCAACUGUAUAUGGUUAAAAAAAAUUGCAAAAUAAAUCUAUUUUGUAUUGUUAAUUUUGUAUUUUAAUUUAAAAGAGGUUCAUAGUUAGACACAAUGCAUAUGUUUUCAAUGCCUGUUAUAUUUUACAGAAAAUGAUUGUUAAAAUAUUGUAAUGUAAUCUGAUAUACAGAUUAAAUGAAUUCAAAUGAAUGCAUUAUAGACACAUUUUUAUAUUUUAGAAGAAAUAAUAAUUAAAGAAGACCGACUUUGUAUGAAAAUGUUCAGUUUGCUAAUGAACUUAUAAUUAAGAUAUUUGUAUUGCAUUUGGUUAACAGGAGUC